GCUGGAGCUGCACCUCAAACCGUCAGUACGUUGGACGAUGCGUUCCGGAGAACACCGCGAAACAUGUGACGUUUACCGAGAUGUCGUCCGUCAAAAUGCGCGCCGCCGUGGGUUGCAUGGGGAUGAUCAGAGUAUGCAUUGUCCUUUUAUUGAUUGUGUUUGUGAUUGACAGGGUGAAUUGUGCAAAAAACAGGAAUAGACACACGAAUACCUCGCACGCUGUGCAGCAACACUUGCGCUCGAGAGCGCCAGUUGUCGAGAAGGAGACUGAUUUUUUGAAUAAGGGGGGCAAAAUCUGUAUUGGUACAAAUGGACGUAUGUCCGUUCCAUCCAACCGGGACCGCCAUUAUCGAAAUCUCAAGGACCGCUACACGAACUGUACCUACGUCGAUGGAAAUCUAGAACUGACAUGGCUCCAAGACCCAGAUCACCACGACCUCAGCUUCCUCCAGGACAUACGAGAAGUCACUGGUUACGUGCUCAUCUCCCACGUAGACGUGAAGAAGGUAGUCUUUCCAAAGCUGCAGAUAAUAAGAGGAAGGAAUUUGUUUUUAAUGAGCGUAGCCAACCAAAAUUUUUCUUUGAUCGUAACGUUAUCGAAAAUGCAAACACUAGAAUUACCAGCGCUAAAAGAUGUUUUAAGGGGCAACGUUGGUUCAUUCAACAACUACAAUCUCUGUCAUAUCAAAACCAUUAACUGGGCAGAAAUCAUUUCAUUCGGAAACUUCUCUUAUGUUUACAACUUUACAUCUCCUGAGAGGGAAUGUCCUGCUUGUGACAGAGAAUGCGAGUAUGGAUGCUGGGGAGAAGGAAAACACAACUGCCAACAAUUCUCCAAAAUCUUCUGCAGUCCUCAAUGCGCUGGAGGAAGAUGUUUCGGACCAAAACCUAGAGAGUGCUGUCAUCUCUUCUGCGCUGGUGGUUGUACUGGACCUACUCAAAGUGACUGUAUAGCCUGUGUGAAUUUCUACGACGAUGGUGUUUGUACACAAGAAUGCCCUCCAAUGCAGAUUUACAAUCCUAGUACGUAUUCCUGGGAGCCGAAUCCUGCUGGAAGGUACGCGUAUGGUGCUACUUGUGUUAAAAAGUGUCCGGAACAUUUGCUAAAAGAUAAUGGUGCCUGUGUGCGAAUAUGUCCUCCUAACAAACACGCUAAAAACGGUGAGUGCGUACCGUGUGAAGGGCCGUGUCCUAAACCUUGUACAUUUGAUGGUACUAUUCACUACGGCAACAUUAACACUGUUAGGAACUGUACUGUUUUAGAAGGAAACAUAAACAUUUUACAAAAUUCUUUGAACGGGUACCAACACGUAUAUGAAAAUUUUACUUUUGGUGAACGAUACCCUCCGAUGCAUCCUAGUGCCUUAGAAGUGUUCAGUACUUUAAAGGAAAUCACCGGGUACUUAAAUAUCCAAGCGUACCAUUCAGAUUUCAAAAACCUUUCGUGCUUCCGUAAUUUGCAAGAAAUCGGUGGACGGACUUUAUACGAAUAUUCCACCUCGGUGUACAUAGUGAAAACUUCCCUCGAAUCUUUAGAGCUUAGAUCUUUGAAAACCAUCAAAAUGGGAACAGUGGCAAUAUUGGAGAAUCAGCAUUUGUGCUUGACAGAAGGGAUCAACUGGAAGUCUCUACAGAAAAGCAACGAGAGCAAUUUGAUGCUGUUUAAUAAUAGCGAUGCUGAGAGUUGUCGGAAGAGGGGACUGGUGUGUGAUUCUCAAUGUGAUCACAACGGUUGUUGGGGUCCUGGACCAGAUCAGUGCCUUUCUUGUUUGAACUUCAGGCUUGGACAUACGUGCUUGCAGAAUUGCAAUGUGAAACCUGGACUCUAUCGUGCAAGUAACAACGAGUGCAAGCCUUGCCACGAACAAUGCGGCUACUCCUGCCACGGACCUGGAGCUGAUAACUGUACUUCAUGCAAGCAUCUCCGAGACGGAAACUUCUGCGUAUCCAAAUGCAUGAGGAACAAAUACGAGCAACACGGCCUGUGUCAACAAUGCCACGAGAACUGUGUCGAAAGCUGCACAGGACCUUCAAGUACGCUGGGACGAGGAGGUUGUGACGCUUGUGAGCUAGCUAUAGUCAAGGAGAAUACCUAUGUAUGUUUGAAUAGGACUGACACUUGUCCGGAUGGUUAUUAUUUUGAAUACAUUGGACCACAUUCCAUGGAAGGAUCUAAUCCAAAUACAACGGCAGUUUGCAGAGGUUGUCACCCUAGAUGUAAGAAGUGUACCCAAUUUGGAUUCCACAAAUCCAUUUGCCAAGAAUGUACCCAUUUCAAGAAAGGCGAGCAAUGUGAAGACGAAUGCACCCCAGAUUACUAUCCAGACGUAUCCAAGAACGAAUGCAUCGCUUGUGACAAAGAAUGUAGAGGCUGCACCGGCUCUGGCAGUGACAACUGUAUUGAAUGCCACAACUUAAAACUCUUCCCAGACGGUAACAUCGAUAUGAACAGUACCAAAUUUACCUGUGUUUCUUUCUGUCCAUCAGAUUUUCCCUAUAAGGUCUAUCCAGAAGAAGGUCAUGCUUAUUGUUCUGACAUAGCAAGUAGUUCUUUGCUAUCUUCUCCUAAAAACACUUUCGAGAUCUUAAUUAUUGUGGUUGGAGUUACUGUAGGUCUCACCAUAUUACUAGGACUUAUUUAUGCAUUUUGCUACUACCAACGUAAAGAAAAAAUCAAAGAAAAUGCAAUGAAAAUGACCCUAGCAUUAACCGGCUUGGAAGAUAACGAACCGUUGAGGCCUACUAACGUAAAGCCAAACAUAGCAAAACUGAGAAUAAUCAAAGAAACAGAACUCAGAAGAGCUAAUAUUCUUGGAUACGGAGCUUUUGGUAAAGUGUAUCAAGGAGUCUGGAACUUGGAGGGAGAAAACUCAGCUAAAAUUCCAGUCGCAAUAAAAGUUUUACGAGAAGACACUGGAGCUAAUACUAGUAAAGAUUUCUUAGAUGAGGCUUAUAUUAUGGCAACAGUAGACCAUCCCAAUCUCCUGCAGCUACUUGGAGUUUGCAUGACGUCGCAGAUGAUGUUGGUAACACAGCUUAUGUACUUGGGCUGUCUUCUAGAUUUUGUACGAAACAAUAAGGACAGAAUUGGUUCAAAAGCUUUGCUAAAUUGGUCUACGCAGAUCGCUAGAGGAAUGGCCUAUCUGGAAGAAAAGCGUUUGGUCCACAGAGAUCUUGCAGCUAGGAAUGUUCUUCUGCAGACACCAGGUUGUGUGAAGAUAACCGACUUUGGUUUAGCCAAGCUCUUAGAUAUAAACGAAGAAGAGUACAAAGCCGCUGGCGGCAAAAUGCCUAUCAAAUGGUUGGCCUUGGAAUGUAUCCAACAUCGAAUCUUCACCCACAAGUCUGACGUUUGGGCGUUCGGUGUUACACUAUGGGAAUUGCUAACUUUUGGUGAGCGCCCUUAUGACAAUGUUCCUGCUAGAGAUGUACCUGAAUUAUUAGAGAAAGGAGAGAGGUUGCCUCAGCCUGAGAUAGCUAGCAUCGAAGUUUAUAUGAUAUUGAUAAAGUGCUGGAUGCUAGAUGCGGAGAGCAGGCCUUGCUUUAAGGAGUUGGAAGAUGAUUUCUUCAAGAUGGCCCUGGAUCCUGGAAGGUAUUUGGCGAUACCGGGAGAUAAGUUCAUGAGGCUGACGAGUUUCCCCAAUCAACAGAGCAACAGAGAAAUUGUAAAAAGUCUUGCCUCAGUGAUAGAAUCCUCCGAAGGUACGUUUGAAAACGACGGCCACCUCCAACCAAAAUCCCGUGCACCUUUGAACGCCAGUGGUUUAAUAAUCCCCUCAAUGUCCCCGUCCCCAAGCAACAACAGCUAUUGGCCCUCUGCUCAACCGAUGACAUCUGAUGGAAGCACUUCGCAGUACCAGAAUCAUCUGAACCAAAAGCUGUUGCGAUAUGCACAGUCCCAUGGAUUCGACUCCAGUAUUCCCACUCAAUCUGAUGCUUCGAGCAUCAAAUACUGUGGUAAUUCCCUGAAGCUCAGGGACGAUAUUGGUUCUGACGAGUACGACUCAGUGGCGAGAUCACAAGCUAAAGUAGGUACCUUGAAAUUGGAUCUUCCAGUGGACGAAGACGAUUAUUUGAUGCCUUCUCCGCAACAGAGUCAAGGAAACACUACUUACGUCGACGUUAUCGAUACCAAGAAUACCGACAAUCCUAACCAAGCCCCCUUCACCAACUACCAAGAUCUCUACAAGAACAACGUAGAUAAUCCUGAAUAUCUGAUGAACAACGAUCCUCCCAGCCAAACCGUCGGUCUUCCUACAGUGUCAGAGUUUGUUUCUUCUGGCAACUUCGACAAAGCUUCUGGUUUCAUGCCCCCUCCAGCGUACUUACCUCAGAAAUCAGAAGAAGAAUCUGAUCAUGAAUAUUACAACGACUUCGAUAGGCUGCAAAGAGAGUUGCAACCUCUUCAGAAAAAUAAGGAUGGAUCUAUUGUUUGAUUUUCAGGAUUAUCUGGUGUACAUCGCACAAAACUUAAUGUACAAAAUUGUUAAUACAAAGUCAGUAAAACUGAGCUAUUAGAGUACUGUUCAGUUCAAAUCUAAUGAUAGAUAUGAUCUUUUAUCUGAAGAAGAAAAACAAACAUGGGUCUUUUGGAUCUACCAUGUAUUAAUGGUAGAGGAUCUGCAGAAUCCUCCUAUGUGAUUGUUACGUCUGUAUGAAUCACAUAUUCUAAGGAGAAAUGCUGCCAAAAUGCAUACUAUCAGAAAUUGCAUUUUUUUAACAUCUUGAACUUGCUUUUAGUGAAAUAGAAGCAAGUAUCUUCAGUCACAAUGGUGUACUUCAUUUUUUAUAAAACCAGCACCUUUCAAAGUUUCACCAUGCAUGAUUUUUGCGUUUAUCUUCAUUCAGGACUCGAAAUGUGACUUGCACGUCUUGGCAAAACAAAUUUGCACAUCUUAUAAUAACUUUGAUUGAUUGCUUCACCACGUAAGUUCGAGCAUAUACUAACAGAGGCAGCCUCAAUCACUUUCAAUGCUUUGAACAUGACAAGAGUGAAAUACAUAAAACACCAUGCUGUCUCUCUUGUACCUCGUAGCCAGCGGUUCGCCUUUUGUACAGGAAAGUAGAGGGUUUGAGAUUGACCAAUCAGAGCUAGUUGUCAGAGAGACAGGAUGUAGUUUUAUUUGACUAUCUGCAAGAUAUAGUGCAGUAUAUUAAGGUUUAUAACUCUGAAUUCCAUCAACUUGCAUAGCUUUUCUUGAAAUUUUGACAGUAGAGAAUACCUUAACAAGCAAAACCUACCUAGGUUGAAGUGUACUUUUACCUUGGGGGUAGAAUCUACCCUAACUGGAGAUUUGGAAGCUUUAUAUUGAAAAAACCUCAAGAAUUAGUUGAAACAUAUUUUUAAGCAAAAAUGUUCUAUAGAAUUUCUUCGAAAAAUCCAAUAGAGACGUUAUGAUUGAAAAUUUCAAUUUUGCUCAUGUUUUCAACGGAUUUUUCACGAAUAACUCAAAAACUUUACAUUUUAUCAAAAAAUCUAUAAAUGGAUAAAAAGUCGAAAAUAUUGCAAUUUUUGAUUUUUUACGAGCUAUAUUUUAUCCAUUAACAGUUUUUUUUCGAUAAAAUGUCAAUUUUAUGAGUUAUUGAUGAAAAGUCAAAAUUCAAUGACGAAUAAGUCUACAAAUAUUGAUUUUUCGAAAACAAAACUCGGUUGAAUAUUUUUUGUUUAGAAUGUAGGUAUUUUUCUAUCCCUUUGUAAAAAAUAUUUUUCCUUUAAUCGUAAUAUUAGUAUUAUUUUUUCUAUGUCUAUGAGACUUUUUUUUAACAUACCUCUUCUUAAUCACUUUUUUAUCUAAUUUUUUAUGCGAUUUUAAUCUUUUUUGAUAUAUGUAGGUACCUACUUAUUUUUUUUAUUUUGUAUUAUUUAUUUUCUUGUGUGUUUUUUUAUUUUUUUCUUUAUUUUUGAACGUAUGUCAAUAAACUUUUCAUAAAAGCACAGUUCAGCAUAGGGUAGAUUUUGAAGUCAAGGACAAAUAGAGGUUAAUUUCAAAAUUUCAUCAAAAUCGAUGUGUGUUGAUGGAAACCUGAGGUGAUACCUAAUUAAGAUCGAUUUAAUUUGAAUGGAACAGUACCUCUAUUAAUUUAGUUUUAUUGACACUUUCUAGAUCCUUAAGGCCUUUUGUACUUUCAUUUUGGAGGCAAGGCUGUGGUAAACGAUCAUUUUUAUGAUACUUAAUUAGGUUUAGGAAUCGUUUAACUGUAAUGUCAAAACUUUGACAAUAACUGAGUGCCAUGGAAAUGGCGUAAUCUAUGUACAUAAUUUUGCAUGAACUUUAUCCUUUUUCGGAAACAGGAAAUAUUGUUAUAAAUUGAGUACAAUCUGACCAAAUGUUUUAUAUUUUGUGAUUUUUAAAUUCUACGAUAUUGUGGGUUUCUAAUUGUUUCGAUAUUAUGUUCAGACAAUGUAAGGGAGGUUGUAAGGAUUAUUGAUAUUAUUUUAAUUUUUGUUUUAUUUUAUAACAUUUUUUAUCGCCAUAUUUUUUAUGGAAAGUAUUCUGUAUUUCCUGUAUGGAAGAAUCAAUAGCUCUUUAGAUAAUGUUAUAUAAUUAUAUACCUAUAUGUGUUAGGUAUAACAAAUUACACAGGCCAACAAAAAAAUUUUAUGCUGAAGCCAAAUUCGGUCUUAGUUUUUUUGUAACAUCGUAGUUUUUGAGCAAACCUGCUUUUAUGGUAAAAUUAGUGAAAAGCUGUAUUGAAUCACCAUCGUUGUUUUUAUUUACAGUAGGUUUUCAUCCUAACUGUUACCUUCUUAACAUGUUUACUAGAAGGAAAGGUAGAAGGCCAGAGUCAAAGAGUAAGAUCUCCACAUACAUGAUUGGCAAACCAAAUGAAGACUGUGGUGAGACAAUCCCUUCAUGAAGCAUCCGACUGGCACAGAAUCACAUCCAAGGAGACAGCAAGCUAACAGUAUUUAGAAUGUUACCACGCCCUGAUGGGGGUUCAGGGGAUAAGGAGAAGAACAUGUUAUCUACAAUAGUACCAUAUUCUAGGUCUUUUGUAUUUCCUAAGAAUUUUGUAACAACCUGCUUGAAUUAUACCCAUGAUUCUUUCUCAUGUAUGGUCAUUGUAGUUUCAAAGUUAAUGUCGAACAUCAUUUUUCGAAUGUUGGGUCCUACAAAGACGCCUUCUUUAAAAUAAAAUCAAUGGGAAAAUACCCAGUAGGGUAUUACUCUACACCAUAAUUAAAAAAUCAUACAGAAGUAAAAACUUCGUUUGUACAAUGGUAUAAAAAAAGUUGAUUAAAAACUAUUAAAAGUCAUCCAAAAGGAUUGGCAAAACGUUUUCGAUCUAGAUCAGAUCAUCUUCAGUGCCUAGAACGAAGUAUUUCCACGUUAGAAUGAAUGCAAAAGGUUAAAAUUUUGACUAGUUGAAGAAAAAAUGUGGUAAUACUUUCGUUCUGCUUAGUACAUGGAACUAGCAACCGUAUGAAAUUGGUAACAUCGAGAAAUAUGGUUUACAUGAUAAAUAUAAUAUUUAAAGCGACUUUAAUAUCGAGCUUUUGACCAGUACUCGUUCAAUAACCUCCAAAACUCUCUCCUCUCUUUCUCUCAAUAAUAAUCUCCUGAGACCCAAGUAUCUUUUUUACUUGGUGUCACAAAUAAUUUUAAUAAGUAUAGUUCUUGUAACUUACUCUCUUGGACUUUACAGAAUCGAAGAGGUUUUUCUUCUCAAUUUGAUUUGUCUCUCGUUCCAUUUUUCAGCUACUCUCCACUAUCAAACAACCACUAGUACUUGCUUCUGAACUAUACGCGAAAACUUUCGACUGUCUUUCUCGGAUGCCGACUACACAAUCCUUUUUCUUUUCCAAAACUGUCUCAACAUUCAAACUUCCCUUUCCCCAUUCCAAAUUGUCAAGCCAAUCAGAAACAUUUCUCUUUCCACAUUCCUCUUCGAAAAACCAGGCAUUCUUUCAAACAAUACUUCUACUCAUCCUAAUCACUUUCCGGAAAUUAUACAAAUACUCUUGUGCUUAAAACAAACAGACUUAAAAUUCCAAAUCGCUCUACCUUUAUUUUUCUAAAAACUAAUAAUUACAGCUACCUGUGGAUUUUACCUUCCCGUAACAAACAAUCUUUUUAAAUUAUAAUCCGAAAUAAAUUGUCAUUUCACUUCACUGUAUUUACAAAUGUCUUUAAGUCUUCAGGGAAAAACUCAUUAAGGAGAAACCCACUGCGUAAAAGCUACCUUCUACAUAGUUACAAAUCAAUAUACAGGGUGUAUCAAAUUUAUGUGCCCGCGUUAUAAUUAAAAAUUUAAAUUUUUACUCUAUCUUUGAUUGAUAAAGUGAUACAUAAUAAAUUGAAGAAUCUCAGAUGCAGAAUCCACCAAUUUAAUAAGAAUUAAAAAUGGUAAAUAGUAUUUUAAAACUGAGAUUUUUCGUGUUGAAAGUUCUUACUGGUACAUCCCUUAAUCUGCGACUUUUUCGAAAACAUACUUUUUCACAAGGGUAUUUAUCCUACCCUUUACAGAGUUUCUUCCAAAUUAGUGAAGACGAUUGUUAUGAAUAACUAACAAUUAUUUUAGAUAUUUAUUUUACACAUUUCAAAAAAUUUGAAUGAUUCAGAGAAGAAUCCAGAAGAAUAUUUGGUUAAGAAAUUACCAGUAUACAGUGGCGUACGCGCCAUAUUAUAAAGGGUUACAACUCUCUUACAUUGAAUAAUUUUGUACCUUUUUACAAAAGUUGUAUGUUUUACAUAUUUUAAAUAUUAAUUUUAAUACCAGUCUCGAACUGAAUAUUUCCUGUAAUCCUAUUGUAUAUAAUUGUAGUAAUUCAGGGUGAGUUAUUAGGGGAAAAGUGAUGCCAAUCCUAAAUAUUCUUGCCCAGCCUAUCUGUGAUAAAACUUAAUGUAGCUUACCGAGUGUAUAGAAUAAGUAAGGUUAUUGAAAAAUAUAUAAAAACGUUCAGUUGGAGCUCAUUUUCUCGAUGGACAAUUUUGUAAAUGUACAGAUGACAGCAAUAUCCGGAACCGCCAAGGUCAGAGCGAUCGAAAACUUUCAAUAUGCGACGUUGUCAGAUCAAUCAGAUUUAAAGGGGUUUUCGGAUUUUUAUUUGUUACCUUUUUCACAGUAAAAUUUCUUUCUGCUUCUUACGUAAAUUUUAGAACAUUGUGUACAAUUUCACACGAUUUUGUACUUAGUGUUUUAUUUUUUACGGCACUUGUAAUAUUCAUAUUUAUUUAAAAAAAAAUUAAAUGUAUUCUAAAUAAACAACUAUUCCUCGAGUGUAUCUGGCAACGUCGCAAAGCCACUGAUUUCGUGCAAAAUGCAUUUUAAAUGGAUGUUUACUCUUUGCACCAACGCGUUCAACCGAAGACCUCUCCUUGAUUUGCUACCUGAGUGACAUUCGCGGUGUCAGACAUUACAGUUGUACAUUAGAUCUGCAAAUCUAGAUUUCAAUAUAACUUAUUUCUCUUCUGAGCAUUUUUUAGAUGUUUUUAUUUAUAAUUCUUUUGUUUGGAGUUUUUUGCUGACCUUCUGAGGAAACCCAUUUUUGUUGUCAGUAUUUGGUGUCCUGUUCAUCAAUUGAGUUGGUGAAACCAGAAUUCGUCUGUUAGCGAGCUUUUCAUAAGUGAAUAAAUGGGCAGGUUUUUUUCCAUUUUUUUCAUUUUUAGUUUUUCUCUUUUUUUUAUGUAUUGUGGUAGUACCUUUCUACGUUCAUUGUAAAAUGUUUUUCCAAUUAUAUUUUUUCCAAUUUAAACUUUUUUUUUAAAUUUUACAAUUUUUUUAAACUUAUUUUAGAUUAUUCUAGAAAAUGAGCUGAAACUGACGUUCUUUAAGAAAAUGUUUAGCACAAGUUACAUCAUGUUAGAUUUUAUUUUAUUUUUUUUUUCGAAUAAUAGAACCAAAUCUCAGCGAAAAUCUCAUUUGUACGUAAUUUUUGUAUAGGAAUAGUAAGAAGGGGUUUCAAAAAUGUUAUUACUUAUUUUUUUUGUUAUUAGCACUAAAACUGUGCCAUUUUCUACGAAGAGUGCCUUGUAAUUUUAUCAGACAUUUCCAUAUUAGUACAUUUAUAAAGAUUUUUAAUAAAAGCUAUAUUUUAAAAAUA